AUGUGCAAAGCCCAGUCUGGAGUCGUCCACGGCGGCGUCAAGGAGGACCCGACCAAAGGUCGCGAGCUCCUCCCCGCCAAUGUCGUCCCUACGCACUACGACCUGACCCUCGAGCCCGACCUGACCAACUUCAAGUAUGACGGUACUGUCAUUGUCGACCUCGACGUCGCCGAGGACUCGAGCUCCAUAUCCCUCCACACCCUCGAAAUCACCAUUCACUCCAGCAAGAUCACCUCCAAUGGCCAGCUUGUCAGCGACAAGCCCACCGUCACCACCGACGAGAAGAAGCAAGUCACCAAGUUCGACUUCCAGGGUACCCUCGCCAAAGGCUCCAAGGCUCAGCUUGAGAUCAAGUUCACUGGUAUCCUCAACGACAAGAUGGCCGGUUUCUACCGCUCUACAUACAAGAGCAAGGACGGCUCGGAGGGUGUUCUCGCCGUCUCUCAAAUGGAGCCUACCGAUGCCCGCCGCGCCUUUCCCUGCUUCGACGAACCCUCCCUCAAGGCCAAGUUCACUGUCCACAUUAUUGCCGACAAGCACUUGACCUGUCUCAGCAACAUGGACGUCAAGAACGAAACCGAAGUUGGCGCCAAAAAGGCUGUCCACUUCAACACCUCUCCUCUCAUGUCCACUUACCUCCUUGCUUUUGUCGUCGGUGAGCUCAACUACAUCGAGAGUACCGCGCACCGUGUGCCUAUUCGUGUUUACGCUCCCCCCAGCGAGGACAUUGAGCACGGCCGUUUCUCUCUCGAUCUCGCCGCCAAGACUCUGCCUUUUUACGAAAGGACAUUUGGCAUCGACUUCCCUCUGCCUAAGAUGGACCAGGUUGCCAUCCCCGAUUUUUCUGCCGGUGCCAUGGAGAAUUGGGGUCUCGUCACCUACCGUGUCGUUGAUCUCUUGCUCGACGAGAAGGAGACUAGCAUCAACACCAAGAUUCGUAUCGCUGAGGUCGUUCAGCACGAACUCGCACAUCAGUGGUUCGGUAACCUCGUCACCAUGGAUUGGUGGGAUGGCCUUUGGCUCAACGAGGGCUUCGCCACCUGGGUUUCCUGGUACUCCUCCAACUCUUUCUUCCCUGAGUGGAAGGUCUGGGAGCAGUAUGUUGUCGAUAAUUUGCAGUCUGCUCUGGGACUCGACUCUCUUCGCAGCAGUCACCCCAUCGAGGUCCCUGUCAAAUGCGCUGAAGAGAUUGCCCAAAUCUUUGACUCUAUCUCUUACUCCAAAGGUUCUGCCGUGCUGCGAAUGAUCUCCACCUACCUUGGUGAGGAUAAGUUCCUCGAAGGUGUUCGCCAGUAUCUCAAGAAGCAUGCCUACGGCAACACCGAGACUGGUGACCUCUGGGCAUCGCUUGCGGCAGCGAGCGGAAAGCCUGUCUCCGAGGUCAUGGGUGUCUGGACCAAGGAGAUGGGUUUCCCUGUCGUCACCGUAACUGAAAACGGCUCUACCGCUGAGGUGACCCAGAACCGUUUCCUCCGCACCGGCGAUGUCAAGGCCGAAGAGGACAAGGUCCUCUAUCCUGUCUUCCUCGGUCUCCGCACCAAGGAUGGUGUUGAGAAUUCCGUGACUUUGAACGAGAGAAAGACGCAGUUCAAUCUCCCUGCCGAUGACUUCUUCAAGCUCAACGCCAACCACACCAGCUUGUACCGCACAGCUUACUCACCCGAGCGACUACGCAAACUUGGUGAGGCCGCCAAGGCUGGCCUCUUGACCGUCGAGGACAGAGCGGGUAUGAUUGCUGACGCCGCUGAGCUGGCUGUUGCUGGUAGCCAAAAGACGAGCGGUAUCCUAAACCUUCUCAAGGGCUUCGACUCCGAGACCGAGUAUGUUGUCUGGAGUGAGAUCCUGCGACGUCUGUCAAGCAUUGAGGGUGCCUGGCUCUUCGAAGACAAGGCUACUCGCGAUGGCUUGAGGAAGUUCCGCAGAGAGCUUGUUAGCCCCAAGGCUCACGCCUUGGGCUGGGAGUUCAAGGAGACUGACACGCACAACGAGGAACAGUUCAAGACCCUGCUGUUUGCCUCUGCUGGAGGUAGCGGUGAUGAAAAGAUCAUCCAGACUGCCAAGGAUAUGUUUGCCAAGUACGCCGCCGGCGACAAGUCGGCUAUCCACCCCAACCUCCGUGCCUCUGUCUUCACGUUGGCUCUGAAGCACGGUGGAAGCAAGGAGUUUGACCAGAUUAUUGAGGUGUACCGUGCCUCGACUCUCAGCAGCGAGCGCAAUACCAUCUUGAGAUGCAUUGGCCGUGCUGAGGAUCCCGAGGUCAUCAAGCGCAGCUUGGGUAUGAUUUUUGGUCCUGACAUCAAGAACCAAGACUGCACAUUUGCGCUAGGCAGCUACCGGGCCCACCCCAGUGGUAUUGAGGCCGUCUUUGAGUACCUGACCAACAACUGGGAGCUCAUUAUCAAGAAUGUUGGUGACAAUGCGUCGCUUCUUGGUGGUGUUGUCGCUGUCACUACUGGCGGAGCUACCAAGCCCGAACAGCUGGCCAAGAUUGAGGCCUUCUUUGCCGACAAGAAUACGAGCGCCUUUGACCAGACUUUGAACCAGGUCAAGGAUUCGAUUCGCUCUAAAAUUGCUUGGCUAGAGCGUGAUGGCGAGGACGUCGCGACCUGGGUCAAGGAGAAUGGAUACCUGUCUUAA